GACUACUCCAAGAACGUAUUCCUCAAUGCAUUGCCGGAUUGGGCAUUGAGUCUGCAUGUGAAUUGCGAUGAUCCAGAACACUGGACUUAUGACGAUGUGCAUUGUUGGGACGUGGCAUACCCUACCUGCCGGACAGGCCGGAAGCAGUCUCCCAUCAACAUCCUCCCGCAGGAGGUCCAGUUCGAAGGCAACUCCAGGUUCCUCAGCCGUGUGGACUGGAAGCCAGUCAAAGACCUUCGGGUGGAGAACAACGGCCACAGCCUCAUCGUGACCAGCGACAUGCUUGGCUACAUCAAGCUGAUUGGUGAUGAUGGUUUCCCCGAGUUUUACGACAUCGCGCAGUUUCACUUGCACAUGCCCUCGGAGCACAUGAUCAAUGGCCGGCAGUUUGCUGCAGAACUGCACGUUGUGCAUACACGGCAAAGGGCAAUCGGACAAGAGAAGAACACCUACGAUUCCUUCCCGCUGACUGUGCUGGGGUUCAUGUUCGACAUCACCGACACGGAGAGUCAUUUCCUCAAGCAGUUCUAUUUGGGUGAGGAGGCAAUUAGGAAUCAGAGCUACAAGACUGCGAAGCAGCCGAUCGACUUGAUGCGGUCUCUCGGUCCAGCCCUGGAUGGUGACUUCUACAGAUAUGAUGGCAGCUUCACAACGCCUGACUGCCACGAACAGAUCAAAUGGUUUGUUUUUGACCACAUCUUCCCAAUGAGCCUCGCGCAGUGGGAGACCUUCAAGAAAGAGUUUCCCUUCGCGCAUGCGAACCGUCCCGUGAACAAGCUGAAAGACCAUCGCCUCGUGAAGAACGACUUCGAGGAAGGCACCCCGGUGCAGUACGACUUCUUCCUAGGCCGCCACGAAGGGCGGAACCGGUACUUCCCAGGCGCAUGGUCUUGCAACGCAUAG